AUGAAGAACCUUUUGUACUCAGUUGCCCUCUGCCUUUCCGUUCUCUUUGUUCUUGCUCAGAUCAAUGAAGCAGCCAUUCCUUGUGACACCGUGGACAUGAAGGCAGCCGCCUGUAUCUCCUUUGCCACAGGGAAGGAUGCAAAGCCGUCGGCGCCAUGUUGCAGUGGACUGCAACAGUUGGCUCAAAGUGUGAAGUCUGUGGAUGACAAGAAGGCUAUCUGCAGAUGCCUUAAGGCUGGUGUGAAGAACUUUGUUGGGGUACAAGACAAGUUCCUUAGCCAACUUCUCACUGCUUGUAAAAUCAAAGUUGGCUUUCCUGUCUCCAUGAACACCAACUGUGAAAC